GAAAGCGAUUAUGAAAGUGUCACUUAUGAUAUCGAUAAGUUUUAAUUUUUUAUUAACAUUAAUUUAGCGAAAAAAUGUGGUCCGACACUAUAUUAAUUGUAUUUAUAUCUGUCUGCACCGCUUUCCUGGGCGAAGGUCUCACCUGGGUGCUGGUCUACCGGACGGAAAAGUACCAAAAGCUGAAGACCGAGGUGGAAAAGCAGAGCAAAAAGCUGGAGCGUCGUAAGGAGAUCCAUGGCGAUUCUCUUGACAAGGCUGUGAAGAAGAAAAUCGAAAGGGACGAGGAGAAACUGAAAAACAACAACCGCGACCUUUCGUUGGUCAAAAUGAAGUCCAUGUUCGCGACAGGAUUUGCCUUUACUGCUCUGUUGAGCAUGUUCAACAGCAUCUUUGAUGGAAGGGUCGUUGCCCAGUUGCCCUUCACGCCCAUCUCCUGGAUACAAGGACUGAGUCAUCGGAAUUUAUCCGGCGAUGACUACACAGACUGUUCCUUUAUCUUCCUGUACAUCCUGUGUACCAUGUCCAUUCGCCAAAACAUCCAGAAACUCUUGGGCUUUGCUCCAUCACGCGCAGCCAGCAAACAAGGAGUGGGUCUCUUUGGUCCCGCUCCCGGCCAGUUCAAAUAGUAAAUUCACACAUUAAAGUAGUUGCAUUUAGUCAAUAAUGCACCAUCAACAAUCUUA